UGCACCCUGGCUUGCCCGCAGCGAGGAGACGAUGAUAACACAGCCGAGCAAGGUACAAUGAGAGAGGCUGACUCGCUCGCAUUUUUCCCUAACAGCUUCUUAAGCGAGUGAUGCCCGCAUCUGAGGACUGACGCCAUGGCCGUCGAAGAGAACACUGGAAUCUUCUAGAGCUUGAGAGAUUUGCAAUGCUCGGCCAGUCCCCCCACCUCAUCGGAGGGAUCCAGUGGAUCCAGAACCCAAUGAGAGCUGUUCACUGCACCCUGAGCCAAAAUGGCAUCGAACACCAGAUGUGCCCUGACGACGUGGAAUUGCAGCUUGAUGAAGAGGAGGAGUCGGUUGAUGGCCCGCCAGUACUGCUUGAUGACGACAGUCCAAGUUACCCCGACAUCAGCCCCACCAUAUUCCAUGGCCGUCUGCCGCCACAUCGAUCAGUCUCCGAGUCUGAGCUCACGCGGCCGGGAUAUGUCAAACUGUCCAAACCAGUGGCGCUGUGGACCCAACAGGAUGUGUGCAAAUGGCUGAAGAAACACUGUCCGAAUCAGCAUCAGAUCUACAGCGACUCCUUCAAACAACACGAUAUCACAGGGCGGGCUCUGAUGAGAUUGACUGACAGGAAACUGGAGAGAAUGGGCAUCAUGCAGGAGGCCGAGAGGCAGAACAUCCUGCAGCAGGUCCUGCAGCUUCGGGUCCGGGAGGAAGUGAGGACGCUUCAACUUCUCACGCAAGGCUCCCUGGAAUGCGCCCCGUCUUCACCGUAGCCCGAUGCGAGCAGACGCAGGAUGACCAUCACCUUGGCAACCAGACCCAGACUCCCCCCCCGCCUCCGUCUUGGACCUAAUACAGCUCUCAUCAGUGGGAAGAUCGGGAACAGUCUCCUAAAAAAAAAAAAACCACAAGUCCCAGCCUGCUGUCUCCUCGCGGCACAAGUCAAGUCAUCGUUGACCUUUGCAGCAAAGUCACUUGAAACCCUUCUCCCUCCAAAAUAAAAGUCUGUCCGCAAAAGCAAGGAGGGCCUAAAGAGGACCUUGACAUGGUGGUGAUACGCUACUUGAUGUACGCUGGCUGGCUAUUACAGUAACACCUUAAACACACUCCUUCAAACUGUCACUCAAACUUCACUGCACCGCUCGAAGGUUUAUGUCCCCCAUAGGAAGGCUGCUCACUAAUCCCAUUUAGGCCUUUUGUCAAGUGGCAAGUCCUAAAUCCUUCAUUCUUUGGCUAAUUGUGUCCCCGCAACCACAGAAGGGUGAUGUGCUUCACACAACCGUGUCCUGUCUCUCGCUAUCCCUGCAUCUUUCACGAUGCCUGAUGACAUCAUCCUGUCCUCUUUUUUUUUCUUUUUUUUUACCUUCCCAGCAAGGUCCGGCAUUCUGACGUGGAAAAAUGCAGAAAGCAGAAGAAGACACGUGACCUCGUCCGGUCCGGUCCUCAACAAAGAUGCAUCAUGGAGGCAAAAUAAAGACCAGUUUUUCCAUUGUUUGGACACAGCUUGUCCACAAUAAGGAUGACGGCGACCCAAAAAAAUCGAGGUAGAAGUUUUCAAAUCAUUAAUUUUGAGGGAACUUUGGUGUGAAAAUGACCACUUUUGGGUGAUUCACAGUGCAGCCAUAAAGUAUUUUCACUUUUUCCACAUUUUAGUACGUUUCAGCCUGCUUCCAAAAUUGAUUAAAUUCAUUUAUGUCCUCAAAAUUCUACACACAAUACCCUAUAAUGACAGUAAAAAAAAAGGUUUUUAUUAGGGCUGUCCGAUAAUAUUGGUAGUCCGAUAAAUGUUUUAAAAUGGAUUAUCUGAAAUUAUCGGUAUCGGUUUCAAAAAGUAAAAUUUAUGAUUUUUUAAAAACGCCGCUGUGUACACGGACGUAGGAAGAGGUGCAGAGCGCCAAUUAACCUUGAAGGCACUGCCUUUGCGUGCCCGGUCCAGUCAGAUAAUAUUUACGGCUUUUGACACACUCACGAGCGAAUGCCAGGCAUUGUUGGUCAAAAGCCAUACAGGUCACACUGAGGGUGGCCAUAUAAACAACUCUAACACUGUUACAAAUAUGCGCCACACUGUGAACCCACACCAAACAAGAAUGACAAACACAUUUCGGGAGAACAUCCGCACCGUAACACAACAUAAACACAACAGAACAAAUGCCCAGAACCCCUUGCAGCACUAACUCUUUCGGGACGCUACAAUAUACACCCCCCGCUACCUCCUACCCCUAAAAUCCCCGCCCCCCCAACCCUGUCCACGUCAGCCUCCUAAUGCUCUCUCAGGGAGAGCAUGUCCCAAAUUCCAAGCUGCUGUUUUGAGGCAUGUUAAAAAAAAAUAAUGCACUUUGUGACUUCAAUAAUAAAUAUGGCAGUGCCAUGUUGGCAUUUUUUUCCCAUAACUUGAGUUGAUUUAUUUUGGAAAACCUUGUUACAUUGUUUAAUGCAUCCAGCGGGGCAUCACAACAAAAUUAGGCAUAAUAAUGUGUUAAUUCCACAACUGUAUAUAUCGGUAUCGGUUGAUAUCGGAAUCGGUAAUCAAGAGUUGGACAAUAUCGGAUAUCGGCAAAAAAGCCAUUAUCGGACAUCCCUAGUUUUUAUUUUUUGCAAAUGUAUCAAAAAUGUAAAAAAUCACAUGUACAUAAAUAAGUCAAUCAUCAAUCAAUCAAUCACAGUUUAUUUAUAUAGCCCUUAAUCACAAAUGUCUCAAAGGGCUGCACAAGCCAUAACGACAUCCUCGGCUCAGAUCCCACUUCAGGGCAAGAAAAAAACUAAGCUCCGUCAGGUUGGAUGGGAAGCAUUGGUUGUCAUCCAGGAUGUCUCUGUACAUUGCUGCACUCGUCUUUCCCUCUAUCCUGACUCGUCUCCCAGUUCCUGCCGCUGAAAACCAUCCCACACCAUGAUGCUGCCACCAUCUUUCACUGUAGUUUCUUCCAAACAAUGACGCCUGGCAUUCACGCCAAAGAGUUCAAGCUUAAGCCUCAUCAGACCGGAUCAUUUUGUUUCUCAUGGACUGAGAGUCUUUCAGGUGCAUUUUGACAAACAUUUUACGUAGAAAUGGAUCCCGUCCGGCCACUACAUCAUACAAGCCUGAUGAGUGGAUUGCUGGAGAGAUGGUUGUCCUUCUGGAAGGUUCUCCUCUCUCCACAGAGGAAUGCUGUAGCUCAGACAGAGUAACCAUCUGGUUCUUGGUGAUCUCCCUGACUAGACUAAGAUGAAUGGAGCAAUUUACAGAGACAUCCUGGAUAAAAACCAAUGCUUCACAUUUGAAAACAUGUUCACAUUGUUACAUUGAUUUGUGUGUAGAAUUUUGAGGACGAAAAAUGAAUUUUCACCAGGGCCGAGGCGACUCGGGAUGAUGUUUGAUAAGAAAUUAUUGAGUUUGAGCCCAUUAUCGAAUCCUCUUAUCGAACCGAUUCCUUAUCGAUUCUCUUAUCGAAUCCAGAUAGGUUGUUGUACAUGGAAAAAAAAAAAUAUUUGGUUUAACAAAAGCUCACUUUUAUUUUAUAAGAAAAAAUAAAAUAAAAUAAAUAAAUAUUGACUGUUACCACCCUAAAAAAAAAAAAAAAAAAAAAAAUAUUGACUGUUGUUACCUAAAGUAUAUUAAGUGGGAUUUUUCAGAAAAACAAAUAUAUACAGUAGCACAAAAACAACCUGUCUCUGUGAUCACUAUAGGUUAAUAGCCAUGCCUUGAGGCAUUUUUUCCGGUCCAUUAUUUUUGCUGCUUGUGUGACAUCACAGAAGAUUUCCUGUGAUGUCCCACAGGGCAUUUCUUGUGGGACGGGAUUCGUUCCCAGGGAUUCAAAUAAAGAACCAACUGUUUUUCUUUACUACAGUGGCCUCGAUAACGGGAACCGGUUCUCAAAAAGGGAUUCGAGUCCAUGGAAUCGGUUCUUUUCUUAUCGAACGGUUCUUUUCUUAUCGAACAACCGGGAGAACCGGUUUCGAACAUCAUCCCUAGAGGCGACCCAUGCCGGACCGAUCUGGGGCUCUCACUAAACUAUCCAAGGUCUGCCAUUUUUAUUUGUCUAUCUGAGGCCAUGCCCACGCAAACAGUUAAAAAAAUAUAUUUUCAAUGUGUUUUAGCCUUCUGCCCACACACAAGGUCCUAAAAAAAUGGCAUUGGUGAAAAUUUUGAAAACUGUUGUUUUUGGGAUGCCCAAUCUUUUAUCAAAGCAAAGGACGCAGUGGUUUUCACCUUCAAAACCAGUGCAAUAUAUUGAUUUUUUUCAAAAAAAACUAGAAAAUGCCCAACUGAAAUGCUAACAGUUAGCGCGCUGGCCAGAGAGCGUAAAGUAACAAAACAUAUACGUAAAAUGAGCUAGCAAAAGCUUGCAUGCCGACGGUAUUAUGCUAACAUGCUAACAAUAGCAUACUUACAGUUAGCUUCAGUGAAAUACCAAAAUAUAUGACACUGAGGUGUAUACCUGCCACACGAGCUAAAAAAAAAAAAGGAGCAUGCUAAUGUUAGCAUGCUAAAACACUGACUGUAACCUGCGUCAAGUACCAACAUGUAUUAUUCUGAGAUGUGUCAUUUGUUUAAAAAUGCGAGCGUGCUAACGUUAGCAUGCAUCAAGUACCAAAAUACAGAGGUGGGUAGUAACGCGCUACAUUUACUCCGUUACAUCUACUUGAGUAACUUUUGGGAUAAAUUGUACUUCUAAGAGUAGUUUUAACGCAACAUACUUUUACUUUUACUUGAGUAUAUUUAUAGAGAAGAAACGCUACUUUUACUCCGCUCCAUUUAUCUACAUUCAGCUCGCUACUGAUUUUUAUUGAUCUGUUAAUGCACACUUUGUUUGUUUUGGUUUGUCAGACAGACCUUCAAAGUAGGAUCUAAGCAUGCCUGCGUUUCACCAAUCAAAUACAGUCACUGGGGACGUUUGACUGCGUUUCACCAAUCAAACAGAGCCAGGCGGUCACAUGAUUAACUGCACACAACGUUUCAGCGGCAAACAACAAGCUUAAGCUUACAUGAACUCAACGUCAAAUUUGAGGAAGCACAUCGCGGUAAGUAACGUUAGUAGAUAUUUUGGCUGUCACCGUAGGCUGGUGUUAGCUUCCCUGCUAUGAAUCACUGUCAAAUGUACAUCGUGUGGGGACAUUUAUUAACGCACUGCAGCCUCAUAGAGAGACAGACAAAGACACACACACACACACACACACACACACACACACACACACACACACACACACACACACACACAGACAAACACACACAUACACUCACACAUGCAUACAAACACCAAUCAGAAGUGCACAGUGUGUUCCCAGGUUUAGCCCACACCUAUCAGUUUAAGGUUUGCGUAAAGGCUAACUUGUUAUUUUCCUUUGUAAUCUCUGCCCACUGAACCUAUGGUGCUGUUAAGUUAUUGUGGCUCAAUUUGCAUAAAUUUUUUUAUGUUAAUGUAUUAUUAUUUAAUAUAUAUUAUUGUUUUAGUUGCUUAAGAUAUAUUCCUGGCUCUGAAUUUGCUCAUUGCUAUUUUUAUCAUCAUUUAACGAACAGGCUACUCAUCAGUUACUCAGUACUUUUUUCACAACAUACUUUUUACUUUUACUCAGGUAAAUAUUUGGGUGACUACUCCUUACUUUUACUUGAGUAAUAAAUCUCUAAAGUAACAGUACUCUUUCUUGAGUGCAAUUUCUGGCUACUCUACCCACCUCUGCCAAAAUAUGACAAUACAAUAAUAGCUCAAAAAGAAAAAAAAUCAUACUAACAUUAGUAAGCUAACAUGUAUCAUUCGUCAAGCAACAAAAUAUUUGGCGCUGAGGUGUAUACCUGCAACAUUAGAAGAAAAAAGAAAGCUAGUAUGCUAUUUUUUAAAUGCUAAUGAUUGUGCCACGGGCCGUUAAAUCAUUAUUUACUGGCUUUGGUCACCUGUGGCCUAAACGAGAGUUAUGGCUUGUCCCUCGUCUGAUGACUUGAUUGAUUGAUUGAGACUUGUAUUAGUAGAUUGCACAAUACAGUACAUAUUCCGUACAAUUGACCACUAAAUGGUAACACCCGGAUAAGUUUUUCAACUUGUUUAAGUCGGUGUCCACGUUAAUCAAUUCAUGGUACACCCACGUCACAGUUGUGCGCCAUCAUCUCCACCCUCCAAAAGCGCGGUAGCAAACAACCAUGGCCUGCUGGUGUCACCAUGCUGAAAGUAGAUCCCAAAUAACAAGUGCUAAAUAGCGUGUGCAAACUAGAAGAUGUUAUUUACUAUUGGCGGGCGUGUUGCAGGUGAUCUACUAAGACUGUGUGGACAAUUCAAAACAAAAAGUGGUGCAGAGCGCCCCCAUUUAAGUGUGGUUUUAAUGGAGUCACCAUGGAGACACUCAUUUCCCUCCACAUUUAUGGCAUCAUGUGCUCCUUCAACCUGUGGUGUUUGAUAUCAAUUAGAAAAUGAUGUUGCUGAAUGGACAAUAUGUUUCUUAUUUGUAUGUCCAAAUAUGUUAACACGCACACAUCUUUGCAGCGUGACCGCCUACUUUAUCACAGCCAUUCUGUGACUGUCGUCAGUUUGCACGUGCUAAAUACAGACGCAAAUCGUGCAGCGGCUGAACAGUUUCAGUCUUAAUAAAUCACAUUGCCAGCGCUAAACGAUUAUACAAACCCCGUUUCCAUAUGAGUUGGGAAAUUGUGUUAGAUGUAAAUAUAAACGGAAUACAAUGAUUUGCAAAUCAUUUUCAACCCAUAUUCAGUUAAAUGCACUACAAAGACAACAUAUUUGAUGUUCAAACUCAUAAACUUUUUUUUUUUUUGCAAAUAAUAAUUAACUUAGAAUUUCAUGGCUGCCACACGUGCCAAAGUAGUUGGGAAAGGGCAUGUUCACCACUGUGUUACAUGGCCUUUCCUUUUAACAACACUCAGUAAACGUUUGGGAACUGAGGAGACACAUUUUUUAAGCUUCUCAGGUGGAAUUCUUCCCCAUUCUUGCUUGAUGUACAGCUUAAG